AGCCACCGGCCGCCGGCGGCCAUUUUGACGCUGUUACGCCAAACGCUGGUCGAUACAUAGCAGCGCGCGAGCCUCAGACCCACCGCUGUGAAAAUUGUCGCGUUCACGCGGCCGCACCCAAUCAUCUGACAGGCCUCUCUGCCUCGCCGCUGUGCAAACGCGGCCGCCACCUGCGCUGACCCUGCCCAUCGCUGGCCCGCCGUACCACUGAUAAUGCUGCGCCUCGCCUUCGCUCGCGCGGUGCAGCGCGUCUCUGCGCAGCGCGCCCCGGUCGUCACGCCCGCGCGCUCUCUGAAGAGUCAUCGAAGGAAGAAGCUUAACAGAACGUCAGCGCACCGCAUCGCGAUGCUCAGGAACAUGGUCACGUCGCUGAUCAAACACGAGCGCAUCCGCACCACCACGCCCAAGGCGAAGACGCUGCGGCCGUACGCCGAGCGGCUCGUCACCUACGCCAAGAAGAGCGACCAGCGCCACGGCAUGAAUCUGGCGGCGCGCAUUGUGCGCGAGCAGGGAGCGCUGCGGAAGCUGUUCGAGGUCAUCGGGCCUCGCUACGCGACGCGCAACGGCGGCUACACGCGCGUGCUGCACUUGAUGCAGCGGCGGCGCGGCGACGCGGCGCCGAUGUCCGUUAUCGAGUUCGUGGAUCGGGACGGAGAACUGCGCGUGCCAAAACCUCCGCGGUGAUCUAUGCGUGUAAUGUCGUUGAUUUUAUA